AGUGCAGCAACUAACAUCGGCGGGAUCAGUUCGGUUUCAUAACAACGGCGUUUUACGACUUUUGGAACCCGUUUAAGUCAAGCUUCGGCGGCUGAGUGUGUUAUUGCAAUCGUUUUUUUUUUUUUUUUAUUUUCGAUUUUUUCCAAUUGUGCACUUUACGUUGUUGUUGGCGGUGCUUGAAACACCUGUUUUUCGAGUGGGCGGAUUCCACUAAAGACGCUUAUAACAGUUGCCUGUAGCAGAACUACCGCGGCAAAAAUGGUGAAACGCAACCUGAUCCUAACAGUGAUCAGGCACUCGUUGGCCAUAGUGCUGCUGAUGAUCGUCAGUGAAGUGCGGUCCCGGCAGGAUUAUUACUACAGCUACCAGGAUCCGUACGACGACGAUCUUUCGCUGUGGAUCAACGAACAGCAGGUGAAGAUCUUCAGUGGGGUAGCCACAAAAAUUUACGCCAUCGACAAUGGGCGCGUCUCUCCGCAUAUCCGCGAUCCGAUGUUUAGUCAGUAUCUGCCGGUUAUUCCAUCGGAAGUGAGCUGCGUUAACUUCACCUGGAAAGCCGGCACGAAAAAGUACCACUACAACUUCGAUCGGCUAAUGUCCGAGGACGAGUCGGUGCUAAAACCUCCGACAAUCUCGAUAAAAACCACUGGACGAGUACCGAAGAACGCUAAGGAGUUCAGUGUUGCACUGCCCUGUUCAGGCAACGUGUCGGGCAUCGCGGUUUUCAGCAUUGGACUCCUGAUACAGAGUCGCAAGGGUAAACCGGUGCCCGGUACGCCACUCCGAAUCAAGCUCCGUAAGGAAUGUGCACAUAGAGGUGUGUAUGAUAGACCUUCUUCUCUAGCACCUUCGCAAGGACCUGAUCCGGAGUGUGAUCGCAAGUGCGCCAACAAGGGCGUCUGCAAUGAGGACAAGAUCUGCGUCUGUCCCGAGGGUUACAUGGGUCAAUACUGUCAGACGGCGCUCUGCUAUCCGCAGUGCAUGAACGGCGGGAACUGCACUGCACCGGGAAACUGCUCGUGUCCACCCGGUUACCAAGGACGACACUGCGAAGGAGGAAUUUGCUUUGAAAAAUGCCUAAAUGGAGGAAAAUGCAUCCAAAAAGACAAGUGCGAAUGUACCAAGGGUUACUACGGGCUGCGGUGUGAGCUGUCGAAAUGUGUAAUCCCUUGUCAGCAUGAAGGCAAGUGUAAAGGAGUGAACAAGUGCCGCUGCAAACCAGGUCUUAGCGGGGAUCAUUGCCAGAUUGGGCGUCGCGUGCGAUCGACUUGUAAAAAACCGUGCAAACACGGGACGUGCAAUCCGGACCGCACCUGCACCUGCCAUUCCGGAUGGUCCGGAAAACACUGUAAUAAAAAAGAAAAGCAGAGCCGCAGUUCCAAACAGUCGCAGAGAUAAUAACGAUCAUUUCCUACUAGAGAAAUCGCAACGCCUGCAGCUUGUCAACGGACACCCGCUCUGUUUAAGUGUAUGACAUUUUAUUGGUUUCUUUCCUCUAUGCCUCUCUAGCGCAGAGCUCACGGAGAGAUUAAGGCCACAUGUGUAUUUUGUUGUGAUAAAUAAACGAAAAUUUAUAGUUUCUCAGUAUUGAAGCUAAACAAACGGAAA